AGAGCAGCGAGAGGCUAUAAAAGCGGGCCUCGGCCGUUGGCGUCGUGCAAUUGACCGUUGUCCUCUGCGGUGCCUGUCGACUAGGUGAUAGCAGAAUGUCUGCAGGAAAUGCUAAAAUUGGGCAUCCUGCCCCCAACUUCAAAGCCACAGCUGUCAUGCCAGAUGGGCAGUUCAAAGAGAUAAGCCUCUCUGACUACAAAGGGAAAUAUGUGGUGUUCUUUUUCUACCCCCUCGACUUCACCUUCGUGUGUCCAACGGAGAUCAUUGCAUUCAGCGAGCGAGCUGACGAAUUUAAGAAAAUCAACUGUCAAGUGAUUGGCGCUUCGGUGGAUUCGCACUUCUGCCAUCUUGCUUGGGUCAAUACGCCCAAGAAACAAGGUGGACUUGGUCCCAUGAACAUCCCUCUGGUAUCUGACACACAGCGCACCAUCGCUCUUAACUACGGCGUCUUAAAGGAAGACGAAGGCAUCUCAUUCAGGGGCUUGUUCAUCAUUGAUGAGAAAGGGAUCCUGCGUCAGAUCACCAUCAACGACCUUCCCGUUGGCCGCUCUGUGGACGAGACACUACGGCUGGUGCAGGCAUUCCAGUUCACGGACAAGCAUGGGGAAGUGUGCCCUGCCGGCUGGAAACCUGGAAGUGACACCAUCAAGCCCGACGUGGAGAAGAGUAAAGAAUAUUUCUCCAAGCACAAAUAAGCCGCCCUCUUCCCUGCCGCGUGAAACUCUUAGCUUGCCGUCUUGAUGUAAGAAGAACAAAUGCUAAUAUUUUUUCAUUCUGUUUUCAAUCCAGGGGGCUUUAGACCCAGCCAUGAUGAGUGGCUAAAUGCUUGGUUUGGGGUGGACCAAAUGAUUCUUGUGGAUAAUGCACUGGGAGUGUAUUGUGGAAUGGCAUCAGGCCUAAUGUUACCUCCAGGAACAACUGACAACUUAGUCCUAUUAAACUUGUCCUCAGAAGUUUC